AUGGCUUCGUUCCCCGAGUCAGAUUUCCAGAUUUGUCCACUGUGUAAGGAGAUGUGCGGCUCGCCGGCUCUUGUCUCCUCUAAUUCGUCCACUUCGUCGUCGUCUUCUCAGACUUCAAACUCUUCCGGGGGCGGCGGCGGCGGGGGGGUGUCUUCAUCCUGCACCCCGUCGAGGCGGCUCCACGUCUUGCCCUGCCUGCACGCUUUCUGCCGCCAGUGCCUGGAAGCGCAGCGCCACCCAACCGCGGGUGACUCUCUAAAGCUGCGCUGCCCCAUCUGCGACCAGAAGGUGGUGAUCUCGGAGCCGUCGGGCAUGGACGCGCUGCCCUCCUCCAACUUUCUCCUCAGCAACCUGCUCGACGUGGUCGUCGUGGCCGCCGCCGCUGCCGAAGAUCAGAAGAACAACGGUCGUCCGGGCGGCGGCGGCCAAGGAGGCGGCGGCGGAGCGGCGAGCAACAGCAAUACUAACAACCGGCACCCUCAUUCCCGCCAGCAGCCUGUUCAACAGCAACAGCAGCACCGCACUGCUGCGGGUGGUUCUUCCCCGGGCUCUGCCGCCGGCUCGGCGCCGUCCGGGGGAGGCGGUGGCUCCGCGUUGCUGCUUAGGCGGCCCCACAGCCGACAGGGCGAGCCUCGCUGCAGCUCGUGCGACGAAGGCAACGCCGCCAGCUCCCGCUGCCUCGACUGCCAGGAGCACCUGUGCGACAACUGCGUACGCGCCCACCAGCGCGUUCGCCUCACGAAGGACCACUUUAUCGAGCGCUUUGGCCCAGGGCCGCCCGCGACGGCGGGAACCGGCCCCGCCUCGGCAGCCUCCCAGCUCGCUCUCAACCCACCCUAUUCCGCCUCGCCUUACAACAUCCUAUCUGUCUUCCCGGACCGAGUCAACUAUUGCCAGCACCACGACGACGAGGUGCUGCAUUUCUACUGUGAUGCUUGUUCUGUUCCCAUUUGUCGGGAAUGCACCAUGGGACGCCAUGUCGGCCAUAGCUUUAUCUACCUCCAAGAAGCUUUGCAGGACUCCAGAACUCUUACUAUUCAGCUGCUAGCAGAUGCACAACAGGGCCGCCAAGCUAUUCAGCUGAGUAUUGAGCAAGCGCAAGCUGUAGCAGAACAAGUUGAGAUGAAGGCAAAAAUGGUACAAUCUGAAGUGAAGGCUGUGACUUCCAGACACAAAAAGGCUUUAGAAGAAAGAGAAUGUGAGCUGCUUUGGAAGGUGGAAAAAAUCCGCCAAGUGAAAGCCAAAUCCCUCUACUUGCAAGUUGAAAAAUUACGUCAAAAUCUUAAUAAGCUAGAUAACACCAUCAGCGCAGUCCAGCAAGUCUUGGAAGAGGGACGGAACAUGGAUAUCCUCUUGGCACGGGAUCGGAUGCUUGCACAGAUGCAGGAAAUGAAGAAUGUAAGAGGCUUCCUGCAGCCUCAAGAGGAUGACAGGGUCAUGUUUACUCCUCCUGAUCAAGCACUGUAUUUGGCCAUCAAGUCUAUGGGGUUUGUCAGCAGUGGGGCCUUUGCUCCUCUGACCAAAGCCACUGGGGAGGGUCUCAAACGUGCAUUGCAAGGCAAAGUAGCUUCUUUCUCAGUGAUAGGUUAUGAUCAUGAUGGUGAGCCUCGCCUUUCUGGGGGAGACAUGAUUUCAGCUGUUGUAAUGGGGCCAGAUGGAAAUCUCUUUGGUGCUGAUAUUUGUGACCAGCAGAAUGGAACUUACCUUGUAAAUUACAGGCCACAGAUGGAAGGGGAACAUCUGAUCUCAGUCAUGAUGUGCAACCAGCAUAUAGAAAGCAGCCCAUUUAAAGUCAUGGUCAAAUCAGGACGUAGUUAUGUUGGCAUUGGAUUGCCAGGGCUCUGUUUUGCUAGUGAGGGGGAUAGUGAUGGAAAGCUGUGCCGCCCCUGGGGUGUUAGUGUAGAUAAGGAAGGCUAUAUCAUUGUUGCUGAUCGUAGCAACAACCGCAUUCAGAUCUUUAAACCUUGUGGGGCUUUUCACCACAAGUUUGGCACCUUGGGCGCCAGACCUGGCCAGUUUGAUAGGCCUGCUGGUGUUGCCUGUGACUCCUCACGGAGGAUUGUUGUGGCAGACAAGGACAAUCAUCGCAUCCAGAUCUUCACUUUUGAUGGCCAGUUCAUUCUCAAGUUUGGGGAGAAGGGAACCAAGAAUGGGCAGUUCAAUUAUCCAUGGGAUGUAGCAGUUAACUCUGAGGGAAAAAUCCUGGUGUCCGACACAAGGAAUCAUCGGGUUCAAUUGUUUGGACCUGACGGAGUGUUCCUGAAUAAAUAUGGUUUUGAAGGAGCACUCUGGAAGCACUUUGAUUCCCCACGAGGUGUGACAUUCAAUCACGAGGGCCAUCUUGUCGUGACUGAUUUCAACAAUCAUCGACUUCUAGUCAUUCGCCCUGACUGUCAGUCAGCCCGUUUCCUUGGGUCUGAAGGCACAAAUAAUGGCCAGUUUUUGCGCCCACAAGGUGUGGCUGUGGAUCAGGAAGGUCGUAUUAUUGUCGCAGAUUCUAGGAACCACCGUGUACAGAUUUUUGAGCCAAAUGGUAGUUUUUUAUGCAAAUUUGGCACUCAGGGAAGUGGCUUUGGUCAGAUGGACCGUCCUUCAGGUAUUACAGUCACCCCAGAUGGUAUGAUAGUUGUGGUGGACUUUGGAAACAAUCGAAUCCUCAUAUUCUAAUCUGUGUAUAUGUGUACUAAGAAGAAACUGUCUCAGGGAAAAUCCUUCUAAGAGAUCUUGCCCCACAUAAACACACAAAUAUUCCAAUGAUAGUUCAAACCUACCUCAUCUUUAAUUUUUUUAUAGAUGAAUGUAUUUUCCCUUUAUAUCUGCAGGGGUUGAACCUGUGAUUAUAUGAACUCUUAAUCUACCUCAUUAUCUUUAUGUUCCUUUAUACCCACAGUAUACACAGUGCAGUAUAAAAUUAAGUCUCUUUUUCCCUAAAUGGGACACUCAUGCACAAGC